GCACGUUUUUCCUCUCUUCGAGAUACAGUUGAAAUUUAGGAAGCAUGGCUUUUGUGGCACCACCAGGCUACCAGCCUAUUUAUAAUCCAUGCAUCCCACACAGAGGUCCGAUCUUGGGUGGUCUAAGGCCAGGAAUGUCGCUGUAUAUCCAGGGAAAGAUUCAUCAUCACAUUAGAAGGUUUCAUGUGAAUCUGCAAUGUGGUGAAUUUGAUGGAUGCGAUAUUGCUUUGCACAUAAACCCUCAUUUUUGGGAAAAAGUGGUCUUUAACACUUUCCAGAAUGGCAUGUGGGAAGGAGAGGAGAAAGUCCAUCACAUGCCAUUCCACAAGGGAGAGCAUUUUGAGAUGGUUAUUGUUGUCAGCAUGGAGGGCUAUCAGGUGACCGUGAAUGGGCGAGAGUUUUAUUUCUUUCAGCACAGAAUACCUUUGGAACGGGUGUGUGUCUUGGAGAUUGCUGGAGAUAUGUCCAUUGAUAGUAUCAACAUUAUUGGGGGCAUGCAGGGCAUGGGGCCUACACAGGGAGGAUGGCAAGGUGGAAUGGGAGGUGGCAUGGGCAUGGGGGGAGGUUAUCCUAGAGGUGGCGCUGAUGUAUAUUAUCCUGGUGGUGGAGUAGAGGGAGGCUAUCCAGGAGGUGGAAUGGGUGGCAUGAUGGAAAGUUAUCCAGGACCUGGAUUUCAGGGAGGAAGCAUGGGGUUUCCAGGAGCAAAUCUGCCAGUAAUGGGAAUGCAGCCUAUCUUCAACCCUGCCAUUCCCUAUUCAGAUAUGAUCCCUGGUGGUAUGGUAUCCAGAAGGACCAUUAUCCUUAGAGGCUUUGUGCCAUAUGGAGCGGGGAGAUUUUGCAUUAAUUUUGUAGUUGGAGGAUCACGAGACAUAGCUUUUCACAUCAGCCCUCGCAUUAGAGAGGGAGUGGUAGUCCGUAACAGCUGUAUUGGCGGCUUCUGGGGUACAGAAGAAGUAGAUAUCAACUUCAACCCCUUCAUGGAAGGACAGUACUUUGAGAUCUCUAUUCGCUGUGGUGAAGACAAGUUUAAGGUGUAUGUCAAUGGGCAGCACAUGUGUAAUUUCUACCACCGAUUCCAGGCUUACAAUCAGAUUGAUAUGCUGGAGGUACAGGGAGAUGUCCAGCUCUCAUACAUCCACUACUGAAUUUGCCUUCUCGGUGCACCUCACUGUUCCUGCGUU